GAGAGGAAAGCAGACCACCUCGGAGGAUGGAGGGUUCCCGGGCACUGGGGUGGGUUUGCUAGCUGUGCCUGGGAGGCCUCCAGGAACCCUGGAAUCCUGUGAACUUCCAGGGCAACCUAUUGUGACACGAACUGGUCCAAGAAAACUCACCUGGCUGUAUUUUGUGUCACCAGAAGGGAUUGCCGCAGACAUGUUUAACCCACUGGUACUAGAUUCUCCUUCUGUGAUUUUUGACAACGGAUCUGGACUCUGUAAGGCAGGACUGUCUGGGGAGAUUGGGCCCCGUCAUGUCACCAGCUCUGUCGUGGGGUACCCGAAGUUCAAGGCGCCCCCCACGGGAGCUAGUCAGAAGAAGUACUUUGUCGGGGAAGAAGCCCUGUACAAACAGGAGGCCUUGAGCCUGCACUACCCCAUUGACCGGGGUCUGGUCACGAGCUGGGACGAUGUGGAGAAACUCUGGAGACAUCUCUUCGAAUGGGAACUGGGUGUGAAGCCCUGCGAACGACCCGUGCUCGUGACGGAACCCUCCCUGAACCCCAGGGAGAAUCGCGAGAAGACGGCAGAGAUGAUGUUUGAGACCUUCGAGGUACCUGCCUUCUACCUGUCAGACCAGGCAGUGCUGGCGCUCUACUCCUCUGCCUGUGUCACAGGCCUGGUGGUGGACAGUGGGGAUGGGGUCACCUGCACUGUCCCCAUCUAUGAAGGUUACUCCCUGCCUCACGCAGUCAGCAAGCUUUACGUGGCCGGCAAAGACAUCACAGAGCUCCUCACCCGGCUGCUGCUGGCCAGUGGACGAGCCUUUCCAUGCCCACUGGAAAAGGCCCUGGCGGAUGACAUCAAGGAGAAGCUGUGCUAUGUGGCCCUGGAGCCUGAGGAGGAGCUGUCUCGGCGGGCAGAAGAUGUCUUGAGAGAGUACAAACUGCCCGACGGGAAUGUCAUUUACAUCGGAGACCAGCUGUACCAGGCUCCUGAGGUCCUGUUCUCACCAGACCAGUUGGGCACCCAUGGUCCAGGGCUGGCACAGAUGGCAUCUAACAGCAUAACCAAGUGUGAUGCUGACAUACAGAAGACACUCUUUGGGGAGAUUGUCUUGUCGGGGGGAAGCACGCUGUUUCAGGGGCUGGAUGACAGGCUCCUGAAAGAACUGGAACAGCUGGCUUCCAAGGGGGUCCCCAUCAAAAUCACAGCGCCGCCCGACCGCUGGUUCUCUACGUGGAUCGGGGCCUCCAUUGUCACGUCUCUGAGCAGCUUUAAGCAGAUGUGGAUCACUGCUGCAGACUUCAAAGAGUUUGGAGUGUCCGUGGUCCAGAGGCGGUGCUUCUGAAGGGCUGCACAGUCCCAGUAGCUGCAGUGUCCCUUGCAAGGGACACCCAUGGGAAGAGAGCCUCUCCCAUGGCCUUUAGCACCACAUUUAAUUAAAGAUGAAUAGUGAUACACUUG